UUAUUGAGAGAGAGAGAGAGAGAGAGAGAGAGAGAGAGAGGGUGAAGGGAUGGAGGGGCAGUGCUGCUCCACCUCCACCAGCGAGGAACCAAGGAAGCCACCGCCGGCAGCGUCCAGGCGGAGGGUGGUGGCGGCGGGAAGCGUUGGCGGCGGCAGGGACAGACCUUUCAGAGGAGUCAGGAUGAGGAAGUGGGGCAAGUGGGUGGCGGAGAUACGGGAGCCUAACAAGCGGUCGCGGAUUUGGCUGGGAUCCUACUCCACCGCGAUAGCUGCCGCCCGGGCAUACGACACCGCCGUCUUCUACCUCCGGGGUCGCUCCGCCAGGCUCAACUUCCCGGACGAGAUCCUCGCUGAAGAUCCAGAGGCGGAGGGCUUCGGCAGCGGCGGCGUUAUGUCGGCCGACUCGAUCCGGAAGAAGGCCACCGAGGUGGGCGCGCGGGUGGACGCUCUCCAGGCGACACUGGUACCACCACAGCCGCCACCAUCACCGCCGCUGCCGCAGCAACACCACCUUCAGAUUCAGUGGCGAUCCAAGAAUCCUGAUUUGAAUCAGCAACCGAGCCCGGAGAGUUCCGAUGUCGAUUGAAGUGCUACAAACGCUAUCAGCACAUGUUCCAUAGCCGGUGAACAAGGAUAGAAAAGGACUAUAACUUCAUUUUCUUGUGCCCUUUUUUCUUGUGUUGAUGUCUUUUAUCUCUCUAAGUUUGCUUCUUCUUUGAGACUUUUGGUUACGAAGUGGAGUAAGGAAGAAAGAUAACGGUGGCUGGCCAAAUUCCAAGUCGUAAGAAGGUGAAGACAGAUAAGAGAGAAAAGAAGAAGAUGACGAUGAUGAUGGAAUCCCUAAGUGGCGGGUCCCUUGUGCUGUGUCCACCAUCAUGCUGUUACCUCAGGAACAAGUCUCUUCUAAGCAUGCAUGGACUCCUUAAGAACUACUUAGAUAUUCGUACUAGACUGUAACGCCAUGAACAUGGCUUUUUCUGUGCAUGUGUGGGUGCCAAAGCUACUUUAAUCUUCGUGCCGCUAUGUUCUCCGGUAACAUGAGAUGGACGAGUGGUUCGAAAUGGACCUGACCGUUGUUUGAUUCGAACUGAAAUCAGAUUAGAAUUGUAAUCGGAAUUGAAUUGACUUA